AUGAGUGAUGUUAUCACUGAAGACUUCGACGUCAAUGAUGCGUAUCGUGGUACUCAUGAGCCCGAGCGACCUGUGUCUCCCUUCUCAAAGCCAGGCUUUCUUCCAACAGAGCUCAUCACCCCUCGUUUCCAGAUGGCCAGUUUUGAGGAACAGAGGCUGAGCCUCGACUGCAAAGUCUCUUCCUCACUUGAGAAGCUUGGAGUGCCCGAUAGGGAUGGGAGCUUUGGGAUAACUAACUCCACCGAUGUCCUUCCGGCUUUAGACCCAUUAUCCAGCGGGCACUCAUCACAAAGCUCAAUCAAUCGUGACGAUUCACCCAGCGCUCAGGCCUCGAAUCUCAAGAGGACUUCAAGCAGUAAGACCGAUGACUCUGUCCCUAAGAUGAAAUGCCGCGAAGCUAUAGAUGAUCUGUGUUCUGUCACUGAAGAGGACCUACCGUCAACGCCUGAGUCGCCUGAGAACUGGACGAUCAACUGCGGCCAGUUACUGGCACCAUGCCGCGACAAUCACGACUUUCAUAACAGCUCUGUUGAUGAUCGCUGUAGUGUUGCUGGUGCAAUCUCAGCAAUGGAGAUCACCGAAUAG